GUCGAAAACGAGUUCAAACCGUCGAGGCGCGAGGCGUUGCAUGACAACUCGGAACUUUGCAAGCUGAAUCUGGAGCGCGUUGUAUCGGCGGUUUCCCUCGAGAUUCGGCCGUCCAAGAUACACAAUAUGGGCUCAGGUCUGUUUGUGAGCUCUGAGAUUGGCGCCGGCCGCGAGAUAUACCACGUUCUCCCAAUGAUGCAUGCAGUCAAGCCGGGCAAUGAUAACUACUGCCACCACUGUCUUAAGGAUACGGGGGACAUGCUGGGAAGGCCGCCACAGACCGUCAAGGCAAUGCCCUGCGCACGGUGCAAAAUUGCCAGAUACUGCUCCAAGGACGUCAUCGGAUAUGCUCUCGACAUGGUAACAGCCAUGAUCAACCAUUCUUGCGCACCUAACGCCUUUGUCACCCUCGAAGGCUGUCAACUACGGGUGCGAUCGCUCAAACCCAUCGCCGCGGGAGAGGAGAUCACCGUGUCCUAUGCCGAUCCAACUCUGCCCGUGUUCAACCGACAAAAGUUUUUAAAGGAGACGUACUUCUUUGACUGUCGCUGCAAAGGUUGCGAAAAUGAUGACAGAGAGCAACUUGGGCUGGCCGGAACCAGCAAGAACAUCUUAAAACUCCAGGAAGCUCAGCAACAGAUUAUGCAGAUCAUGGCCUACACGGUCCAAGCUUCUCAGUAUCCUGGUUCCUACCCACCGGACCUUCAGAAUCUCGAGUCAGUCGAGACAAAGCUCCGCACCAUAACCGCCGCUGCGGUUCUUCGCAAUGAGCCGUAUCUGGAGCAUGUGCAACCACUGCCCUCUGUUCGCCGUUCGCUCGCCAUGCUCUACCUCGAGAAAGGAAAACCGCUCCCGGCCCUACGCAAUGCUCUCAAAGGCUGUCUACGGAAGACUGACAAGGGUGAACCGCGCUGGGUAAAUGACAUGAUUGACCCGGUUUACACCGCGCUCCUCGUCGCGGGUAGUCUGCCCCCGGAUGCUCCCGCAUUCAAGGAUAAGGCUUUCCCCUCGGCGCUCGAGCUUCGGAUUGUGACACUUGGUUUCAUCAUAGCCGUGGCGAACGAGGCAGUAAAGGUGUUUGGGGAUGAUUGCGAGUACGCGACAGGAAUCAUGGACAUGGCGACGACCAUGGGCGCACAGAAGCCACCUCCGAAUCCGGGUACGGCGGAGUUCGUGGCCGAGUUCGUACCUGCGCAGCGGAAGCUACUGGCUUGGGCCGGGGUUUCGGAGGAGCAUGCUGUCUCAAUUCCAGGGAUGUGA